AUGGGUUUCCAAACCCAAACUAGCGGAAUUGCGUGUAGAACGACAAGGUGCGUUGACCAAUCAGCGAACUGCGUGCCACAAAUGUUUCAUUUGAAACGCUUGUGCGGACCAUUUUGCUUCGAGGCUUCGAGGCUUCGACACCGAACCCUCCAGCGUGCUCAAACACUACAUGCUACCACGACGUGGCAGGAAAUCGGUGCCGUCGGCAUGACUGAUCAGAGUGAGCCUGCGGUUGCCUCUAGCGAAGCCGCUGCUGAAGAGAGUGAAGAACAACCAAUGGCCGACGUUGAAGAUCGAAAGGAUGGGGAUCCUCCCGAAAGAACGUCAACCGAGGAUAAGGGCCGCAUGGACAGCAGUGUAGUGGUGGAUCCAUCUACGGGAGAAGUGGCUGGCACAGAGGAUGAUAUCGCCGCUGAUGUGAUCCCCCCUCCUAAGCGAAAAUCCCAUCGACCAUCCUUGGAGGUGGUCAAGGUGAAGGUGGACUCCUUCUACGAUAAGGCUUCCUUCAAACAAGAGCUGCAGCACGGAGAGCUGGCCCGGAACAACAUCGCUCCUCACCACUCCUUCGGAUUGGACACAGCAAGACCAGACAACCUCAGGUACAUCGAGCCGGGCAAGGUGAUGUACGCCGCUGGUAAUACCCUGGUGAUCCUUGAGGUGUCCACCAUGAAGCGACGAGUCAUCUUCGGGCUGGACGGUGGCGGGGUGGGUUGUUUCGCUGUGCACCCGACUGGCACGCUGGUUGCGGUCGGAGACAAGGGGUCGAUGCCCAACAUCUACGUGUACGAGUACCCCAGCUUCAAAAUAGCCAAGGUGUUGCGGAAGGGAACCGAGCGAGGGUACUGCGCUAUGGACUUUACCACCACCGGAGAGAAGCUGGCUAGCGUGGGGCAGGCUCCUGACUUCAUGCUCACAGUUUGGGACUGGGUCAACGAGAAAGUCAUCCUUCAUUGCAAGGCCUUUGGACAAGAUGUUGCCAAGGUUUCGUUUUCCCCGGACGAUGAGGGCCGUUUGACCACGUCAGGCACGGGACACAUCCGCUUCUGGCGAGUAGCAAGCACGUUUACAGGCCUCAAGCUGCAGGGGGAGAUCGGCAAGUUCGGUAAGGUCGAAAUGACGGACAUCGACUGCUUCUGCCACAUGCCGGACGGGAAAGUGGUCUCCGGGGCGGAGUCGGGCUGUCUGCUGAUAUGGGAAGGGCAGUUCAUCAAGUGCCAGGUCGUGCGGCCUGGGAAGACGGGCUGCCACGACGGUCCUGUCUUGCACGUGUCCCUUGACAGAACCGACAUGCUCGUGGUCACGGCUGGUGCCGACGGGUACGUGCGCUGGUGGCCGUUCGCCGGUAUCGACAGCGCGGAUGCGGACGAUGACUCCAUGUGCUGCGAGGUUUCCCCGGUACGGGAGCUUUUCAUCGGCGAGGGCGUCAACGCGCGUUGCGUCGAGCGCGGCGGCGUUCGAGAUGACCCCAAUUCAGACCACUUCCUGGUGACAGAUGGAGCGGGGGCGCUGUGGCAGGUUCCCAUCUCGCAACCAGCGACGGCUGACUCUCCCGCCCCGGACACGAGACAGCUGGCCACUUUCCACGCCGGUGCCAUCACGGGCUUGGACACGAGUUUCCUGGAGCAGCUCGCGGCAACCUGCGGAGUUGAUGGAACGGUGCGCAUCUGGGACUUCCUCACCAAGAAGCCUCUGGAGAUGGCACGGUUCCCGCGGGCAGCGCAGUGCCUCGUGUGGGCCAACGACCACGUUGACCCCGCCGGUCACACCGUGGCGGUGGGAUUUGCGGACGGCGUGGUGAGGGUACUGGUUCGAGAUCCCCGGGGUGAAGGAGCCAGGGGCGACGCAGCGGGGGGCUUGGGGGGCAGCUCUGAUGGUGGAAACGGCUCGCUGCGACGGGCGCAGACGCUGAAGCCGCACGACAGCGGCGUGGCCGGUCUCGCGUACAGUCCGAACGGAAAGUUGCUGGCCACCGUUGGGAAGGAUUGCAAGCUUUUCUUCAUCAAGUCUUGCUUGACCGCAGAGAUGCAAGACUACGUCCCGGUUGGGUUUUACACGCUGCCGUCGACACCGACGAGCGUGUGUUGGCGGAAAGACUCGUCGAGCGUGAUCGUCACCUGCGUCGGGGGAGAAGUGGCGCAGGUCGAUCUUUCCGGCGGCCACCUCGAUGGGGUUGAUUCGAGUCAGUCGUUCGAGAUCCCCGAUAUCCCCGUCCGGUGGUACACGUUCAAGAGGCGCCCCGUGCAAUCACUGAGUGCACUCGAGCUCGAAUUGCCGGAAGAAGCGGGCGGGGAGACGGCGGCUGAUGCGUUGGAGGGGAGCGUCGAGAACGAAGACGGAGACGAAGAGGGCGAGGAGGACGCAUCGAACCAGACUCUGCCGACACCCCCCGCCUUGAAGGCGGUCUACGCCCGGGGAGGGGGAGAAAACUUCUUGCUCGCGAUGGGGGGCUGGGCUCGAGGGGCGAUUUUUGAGUGUUCCUGGGAGGAAGAGUUUCCUGUGCGCGACUUCCCCGCGGGGUACGGACCCUCAUCAACGGCCGCCAUCGGCGCGAAACCCCCGACCAUCACGACCCUACGCUACACUGGCCCCGCCGCCAAAGACGCCUCCUCCGGUGGUUCGAGCCGUGAGACUGGCGAGGACGACGCGGAGCUUUUUCUCUGCGGGUGCGACGACGGGGCGGUGACGGUGAGGCCGGCCCUCGCGGCGGGGGUGUACGCUCGGGUUCAGGCUCACGACGGGAACGCGACGGUGGCGGCGGCGGCGUGCUCGUGCGACGGCGAGUGGAUCGUCAGCGGCGACAGCGACGGGCUGUUGGCGGUGCACCGGUUGAGGAGAGAGCCGUUCGAGGCUUCAGCGUUGGAGUUGUCGGAGCGAAUGCGACACGUGACGAUUCCACCGGCGCUCAGUCCUGCGUCUUCACCAAUGGGCUCCAGGAGCAAGAAGCGCGGAAAGUCACCCGUUCGGGAACCACCGCCGGCCCCUCGCGCCGCGGAACCCCCAGAGCCGCCAGCCUUUCUGAGCGAGUACAUGGACGACGGCCAGGGGGCUGUGACGGACCUUGACGGUUUCGAACUGGUGCGGCCGGUCCCUCAAGGGUUCGGCAGUGAGGCUCCCCUGAUUGAGGAGGAGGCUGCGGACAUCACGGACGAAGCGGCGUACUCUAUCCAGGAGGACAAACUCAAGACUGAAGACGAUAACAGGCGAAAGGCGGCUGAGGCGAAAAAGGAAGGAGUUCGAGCGAUCAUACGACAGAUGCAGGCGGAGUUUGCCCGACUCGUGGAAGAGAACGCCGCCGCCCCCCCAGGAGAACGACUGUCGGAGGCGGACAUGCUCAUCGAUCCCGGGUACGAGGAAAUGUUGGAACGGCAAGGGAAAGAACUUUGCGAAGAGGUCACCCGUGAGCUCGAGUAUUCCAGAGAGGAGUCGGAACUACACCUCGUGAAGCUUCGACGACACUUCACGGACGAUGUGGAGAUGGAGUGCAUAACCAUGAAGGCGUUGCAAUGGGAUUACGAGAUCAGCAGCUUUAGGGUAGAGAAGCCCAGCGCGGGACUGCGCAAGCUCCUGGACGCGGUGCACAAGCAGAUCCGAGGCGAGGAGAGGGAGCACAUGGCCGCCGUACAGGCGGAGAUGAACGGGGACCGCACGGGAGAGGCCGGGCUGGCAUCCUCGGGAGUGAUGGGCGCGCAAGGGAGGUUACCCGCAGCCGACGGCAGCGCGCUUUCAGGCGGGGGCGGGGCGAGUGGUAGUGCAAGCUUCAGGGGGAGUGGAGACAGAGAAAGCAGGGCCGAGGAAAAGGUGUCGACAUUUGAGGCGCGCAAGGCCAAGCGGCACGCUCGCCAGGUAGCGCUUGCGAAGCUCCUCAAGGCGAAGCCCGCAGAGGAUGCCGACGAUCCCCGGGACGUUGAAGCCAUCGCACUCGCCAAUUCCAACAUGGGGGACUACAAGCUCAAGUCUUCUCCCGAUUACGAAGUGCCGGAAGAGAUGCAGCUGAACGUAGUCAAAAAGCAACGAGAGAUGGUCCUCCUCGAGGACUCGCUGCACGCCAUGAGAUCGAGGUUCAACAGCCGCUUCCUGGCCCUAAGGACGAUCAAGCAAGAGAUUCUCUCGACCGUUUCGGCGGACAACAGGCGCCUGCGGGAGAUCGAUGCCGAGCUGGGGGAGGGCGGGAACGGCGGAGGCGACCUUUGGGAGCCGGCGUUGGACCCUUCAGAGUGGCCAGAAAUGCGAGACUACGUGUCCCCGCAAGAGCUGGACGCCUACGCAGCCCUGUGCAAGUCAGCCGCCGAGGCCGAUGAAGCGAGGGGGGGGAAGGCGAUCGGCGGCGCGAACCUGCCCCCUGCUCCCCGCAGAGAGACAUUGAGCCUGAGUGAUUUGGCCGCGGCUGAGGAAGCGCGCGCUGGGUUGCAACCGGCGACGUUUGCUUCCGGAGACAACAAAGGCGUGACACAGGCCAUCACGACUACUUCUCCUGGCGAAGAUCCGGGAGCAACUACACACCCUUCGUCGGAGUCCGCCCUCACUGUCUCCUCGCCCGGAGCAACCUCGGCAGAAGCAGCGCUGAGGAUGGUGAGAGAUGUGGACGGCAUGAUCAACAAGCUCCCGGCUGCAAGGGGGUCGAAAGGCCGGACUGACGGGGAGCUGAGCGCGCUCGAGGAAGAGGAGCGCGCCGCGAGAGACAUGCUUCUGCGGCACGAAAGGCGCACUAUCCUAGAGGCCGCGGCGGAGAACGUUCUAGCCUUUGAUGAGGCCGUGUACGACCUGAGGAGAGAGAGGAUGCUCACAGCCGCGCACCUCAAGGCAGCAGAGCUCAAGUUGCUGGUUUUACGUCAGGAGCUGGAACUAUUGAACCAGUUUGACACGAAGGAUAGGGCCCUGUCAACUAAGAUGGACAAGCAGCAGCACGACAAGAAGGAGGUCGUCGCGGCCACUGCGGCCUCGAAGGCCAAGCUCUCGGCGACACAGGCGGAAGCAGAGGCGGGCGCUGGGCUAGAGGCUGGGGUGUUGUCGGACUUUUUGGACCUGGUGCCCGAGACGAAUCAGUUCCACGAGGUUCUCAACAAGAUAUUCCGAAAGAAGAUCAAACGGGCCAAGAAACGGCUGGCUGGGGAAGACGACGACGGCGACGUCGAGAGCGAGGAAGAAGAUUCCGACGAGGACGACUACGACGACUUCGACGACGACGAUGAGGAAGAGGUGGACGACAGCUGCCCUCCCGGCUGCGACAUGGCCCUCUACGAAAAGGUCCUAGAGCUACGGGAAAGUCGGCUGGAUCAUGAAGAAACCUUGGCUGAGCUGCAGAAGGCGACCGACGAGCACAAGCGAAACCUCGACCGCCAGGUAACAAGGCAGAGGCAGAUUGACAAGGACCUGAAGCAGACAGCCCUGGAGAUCAAGGCAGCACAGGCCGACAAGCAGACGGAACUUAAUAAGCUAGACGUGGUUGUCUCUCUCAAGCUGAAUCAACUGUACUGCAUGGAUAACGCGAUCGAGGGACAGGCGGAGGGCGGGGAGGACGGUGACAAACCCAGGCGAAGAGGCAGCGUGUCUCGCCCGAAACUUGUGGCCGACGCGGGAAUGGACUCGCACAUCCUCUUCACGAGGAUGGGCUUGGACAGGCUAAAGCGGCGCAUAUCAGAACUAGUGCAAGAAAACAAAGCGGAGAGGAACAACUUUAAGGAGUUGCACCGCGACCGAGGGCGGCUAGAGAAAGCCAGGGUGGUGAAGGAGGCGGAGAUGGAGGAGCAUCAGGCUAGGUGCAACGAGAUCCAGGUGCUCAAGUUCGGGCAGCUCAUCGACCUCGAGAUGGUGGACAAGGUGAGCUCUGGCAUGAGCCAGGAAGAGGCGCGGCGACGGGUAGAAGCCAUUGAAGACAAACACGCCACGGAGCUAGCGCGACUGGAAGAGAGAAAUCGUGAACUCAGGGGUCGCCUCUUAGAAGGCACCUACGAAAACACGAAGUUGCUCAGGGACGUGGCAGAUCUCAGCUCGAAACAAUUCACCCUCGAGAAGGAGCUAAACACGAGCGGGGGAGGUGCUGCCCUUGGAUCACGAGGGCCGACGCUCCGCAAGGAAAAAGAGGAGAGGGAUCGGCUGGCGGCCCUCGUCAAGCUCCAAGGCAGGGAACUCGACGCGAUCAAAGCCGAGAUCAAUCUACUCAGAACGCGCAAGGAGAAGACGGCACGAUUCUACGACACGAUGGAGGUGGUCAUCAGGAGCACCACUACCAACAACAACAAGGGGAGGACUUUGGGAAUGGCCAAAGUGUUGAAUCAGCAGCCGAAAAUUGAGGCGGCGAACUUCAUGUGUGAAUAUGACUCUCGGAGACAUGGUCAAUAG